AUGUCGGUGCGAAAAGCCCAUAACUCUGGCCGAAACCAUCUCCGAAAUGUGACGGAUUACUAUCAACAAAUCGGCCACGAAAAGGCGCAAUCUGUCAUCGACUCCAUCACGGCCUCAUACACUGCCGAAGGCCAGGUAAAUCCUAUGCUGCAACAAGCAGGUGCUGGAUUCCCUCCACCACCACCAGGAUUUCCCGGUAUGCCCCCUCCACCAUUCGGUAUGCCGGGUGCCCCUGCACCUGGACCUGGAGGUAUAAUUCCUCCUCCAGUUGGUCGUGGCAUGCCUUUCCCGCCUUUCCCACCAAACGGUCCUCCUCCUCCUAAUCUACCUGCUGGAUUGCCAUUCCCUCCUCCUGGCGGAUUUCCUCCGAACUUCCAGAUCCCUCCUCCAGGUGCUCCGCCAGGUAAUUUCCCUCCACCGCCUCAACAAAGUAUCCCUGGUAAUCCAAGCCCGUCGAAUGCGUCUGGCCCUCCAGGUCAAGCUCCUCCGCCAGGUUAUGGCAUGGGUGCGCCUCCAGGAAUGGGAGACAGCAGACGUUGA